AUGUUGGAGAGAUUGGUGGUGGAUAAGUACAUAACAGAGAUAGCAGUAGCAACCUGUCUAGAUAUAGAAGGGGUUCCAGCCACGCUAUGCCAAUGGAUAGAGGCUAACCUGAAAAAUAGGACUAUAACAUCAGUAACAGGGGAUACCACCAUUGAAGCUAAGGUGGUGCUGGGAUGUCCUCAGGGAGGAUCCCUGCUAGGGGCAGUCCUGGUAGAUACACUUCUUCAAGAAUGUACUGCGAAGACCGACAAGGACAAUUUCCAAAUGCUUCCAAAGGGCCAUUAUUACUGUCGACAGGUGGUGCAGGAUGGAAAGUCUAGCUUUAAAUCCGCACAAGACAACAGUCGCCAGUUUUACACGAAGGCGCGAUCUAGAAUGCCUCACGCCACUAACCCUGCAUAG